ACACUUCACUUUGAUGAUUACCUGAGCCGUCGUUGCUUGUGCGCAGAACCUUAUCUUCUUCUUGCUGCUUGUUCGCUUGUGUGCGGGUCGCGCUUGCCCUUCUGCUUCAAAUGGCCCCUCCUCGUACCAUGACCGGAGAUACCUUCACCGAUGACAAAACACCGCACUCGCCCAUAUCACCUACAGACACGGAUGCAAAACUGACGGGAGACGCCUCUAUUGAGAUGCCCAACGAAUGUGAUGAUAGCCACUCGACUAUUCGGCCCUCAGUGCGAACAAACUCGAUUGACCUUGAGAGUGCACAGCCUGAGAAUGAAAAGAAGCGCCCCAAGUUUUUCCAUCGAUUAACAAGUUCUUUCCAAUCGGAGCCAGAGCCCGAAUAUGUGACUGAGAACAAGACGCGAAAAUUGGAAGAGACGCCUAAUGGCUUCCCAAGGCUCGCAGCUUUUCAGUCGAGCGAAACAAACUUCUCGCUAUACCGGUCUUUCAGCUACUUACAUUCACGUGUACUACUUGACUUACAAGAUGAGAUCACAACGCUAGAAAAAGAACUGGAUGAUAUCGAUUGGGAGGACUACGAGGAAGAUCCCCGUCGAUUGAAGUCGAGAGAUUUCGACGCGAGUCAAUCCGACGACAAGGGGGAGCCUCGUAGUCGUCGCGUUAUAUUGCGUGAAAUUAGAGACAGGCUGAAAGACUAUGACGAAGUUCUCAUCAAGGCAAGAACUCUAGAGUCCUUCCAGAAACCCUCCGACCGCAAUUACCGCAGUGUAAGACGUUACUGCAACAACGAGAAGCCACUCAUGGACGCCGAAAUGGACUCUAUCCGUUGCAAAGAAGACAUAGUGUCAUUACACAACGGCCGUGAAUGGGCGACCUUCGAUCGCCACAUAGAAACCAUGAUCGGCCAAACCGACCGCUUAUUACAGAAGAUCUUCCGAACAAAGUCACGACCACUACUGAAAUACUUCCGCACACCAGAAGCCCAGGAAAAGACGUCCGAUCCCAGUGUAUGCUACUACAGCAGUUCCCGCGUCGAUAAACUCGUCAACAUACUCAUCACCUUUGUCAUCUUCUGCCUGCUUGUCGUCCCUGUCAUCACCAUGUACCAAUUAACCAACACAGCCUCGCAUGUCGAGACAGACGCCUCUGGCAACACAACUACCACAAAUGUGGAUAUCAAUAGUCGGGAUACUUUCAAUGCGGUCGGUGUGUUGGUGGUUUUUACACUUCUCUUUAGCGCUGCAAUGAGUCUGUUGACUAAAGCGGCGAGACAUGAGUUGUUCGCUGCUUCUGCAGCUUAUUGCGCUAUCCUGGUUGUGUUUAUUGGUAACUUUACUGGGCCUGGGAAUUAGUAUGUUUUUGUUAGGUGGGGAUUAGGUGAUGAUGAAUAUGAUGACGAGGUAUAUGACUCUCCUUGUAAUGAAUAAUAUACUGUUUUUCGA